AUGGUAUCUCUGACUGCUAUCGUGGACAAGCUUACGGCUGUCUGCAAGGCGUGUUCUGAGGUGUGGGCAGACACGGGCAUGAAUGCUGACGAAGUAGAGGCGCAACGGCAAGCGUUCUUGACAUCGGUAAUAGAUUUUGCUGAUCAAUUUUGCGACAAGCAAAAGCAACUUAUCACAGAGCUCAACACACAAUUAGAAGAAUAUGCUUUUAAAAUCUUAGAUCUUGGCCGCCAAUUAGGCCAGAGCAUUGCAAUUCCAGAUGCUCCUACUAAAACUGUAUCUUUACAAAUACUCAAGGAGAUAUACGAGCGCUACUCCGUGACGCUUUUAGAAAGGAAAGAAAAGCACACAAUGCUAGUCCAGAAGCUAAUUUACCUCCUGGAAGGGCUGGGAGACGAGGAGUCGCUUGCUUCGGCAGCAAAGCUAAGUCACAAGGUGGACGUCUAUGACAAUAAGCUACUUAUCGAUUUGGAACAUCAGAUAGCGAAAAUAGAGGAGCGCUCAGAGCCAUCUCUUCAACGGAUCAGACGAUACUUAGAUGCUAUGGCUUCUAUCAAUAAGCUGUUGCAGCGGGAUUUAGCACAGUAUGCAAGAAGCUCCAACGAUGGUGUCAUGAUGGAUGUUUUUGAAGGCCACUUGAGACCAAAGUAUGAAGAGCAUGUUAAGGCAGCGCUACGCGCGCUGGAGCAAGAAGCAAGGGCCAGGGCCAAGGAGGUGUCGCGUUUGAAAGUGGAAAUCAGUGACGUUUUAUCCCUCCUCCACAGCAGCGGGUUGACCGUAUCGUCUGAUCCGCUAUCAGUAGUUUCUCCAGAAGCACAGCACUGUCUAGGUACAGAGGGGGUUAUUUCAGACUACGCUUUAUCCAUUCUAAUGAAGGAAUUGUCUAGGUUAAAGGAGAUGCGUCUUGCCCAACUUCCAAAGAUUAUAGCAUCGCUACAACAAGAAAUUAACAACAGUAGGAGAGAGGUUUUUGGGGCUCUAGGGCAGGCCUAUGGCGAAGAUAGCCGGGCAGACAACAAUAAAAGUGCGUUGGACGAGCCUCCGAGUGAAAGUCUGCUACUCCGAUUGGAAGAAGAACUAAAGCAGAUCCGCGCAAUAGAAGAGCACUGCGAGCCUAUCUGCAUAGCCAUACGCAGAUACAAUGAGGUCGUAGCGCUGCAGGAAGAGCUCAGGGUCAUAAUGUCAGACAAGACCAGGCUUACUAGUAAAAGCAGGGAGGCUGCACGCAUACGUCACCAUGAAGAGGACCUUAAAAAGCAAAUUCAGAACUUGCUACCGAAGACCCUGGCUGCUCUCAGACUUAAGCUCACCGAAAUGGCCACAACUCUUCCACCAGAGCUACUUGACCAACUUCGCGGUGGAGAUCCAACCAAGCCCAUUCUGUUUUUUGGAAGGAACUAUGAAGAGGAGCUAGCAAUGCAACUUGCAACAAAAGACCAGAAGAUUGUACGAAAGUAUCAGAUGUAUUUAGUUGCGUACCGUCGUAAUUCAAGCAACAUAGAGAUUCUAAAGCUGCGGGAUGGUGAAGAUAAGCCGGUUAAGCGUCAAGUUACAGUGUCGUUCCAGCCGGUUGAGCUUCCUGUCAUAUCUGGCAGUGCAUUAGGUAGUGCCUGUGGAUCAUGUGAUGCAUCGGCGCUAUCUGCGACAGCUGACAGUGCAGAUGAUCAUAUGGACGCUGCGCAUGAUCUCACACUUGAUGCAUUGAAGAGCGACCCACAGGAUGCCCCAGAGGAGAGGCGACGACCUGUUCUUAAGAAGUCUGUUCAGCUAGCCAAAUCCAGGGGUGUUGAGGCCAGUUUAGGGCCAGAACGAGUGCGGAUGAAGUCAGUGGCACCGCGUGCGGCGGUUUCAUCGAGUUCUGCUGGAAAAGGCAAUGUAACUGGCGUUGGAAUUAAAUCCAAGCGUAUUCCAAAGCCAUAG